AUGCCCAGCUUGACGCCUAUCAGCUACAGCUUCAAGCAUUACCCAACCAACAAUAACCACGGCGACAGCAACAGCAACAGCAACACUAUCGUCCCCGAUGACACCAACCACCAACAGACCAGCGAAGCCGAACCCAGCUGCGAAUUCACAAGCCCCUGCACAACAACCUCCUCAUCCUCCUCCCCCACCAAAAAUUCCUCGACCCAAAUCACCGGCAAACACCCCCGAAAAAUAAUAUCCCACAUCUUCGGACGCAACAAGUUCGUCACAAAGCUCAUCCCGCCCUCCGUGUGGGUGCACUACUGCCGCAAGCACUACCAGCGCGCGAGAUACAGGUCCACGCAGUGGCCGUUUACCCAGGCGGAGCUGCUUCUGGACUCGUUGGGGAGGAUGGAGAGGUGGGGUGGGGUUAGGGGGUUUGAUUUGGUGUUAAGACGGAGGGAGGUUGAGAGGGUUGAUAAGGGUUAUGGGCAGGGGGAGAUUGGGCACGCUAGGACUAGGAAGAGUGCAAGGGUUAGUGCUACUGCCAAAUGCCAGGAGCAGGGAGAUGGUAACGAGGGCGGCGAGAAUGGUAACACUGGCUCGACGUCUGCGUCUUCCAUCGACCACGAUCAUGACCAUGACCAGCCCUCCUCCGACGAACACACCUGCACCAAUAUCAAGGGCAAGGGUAAGGGCUGCCGCAAGAAGCCAAACAUCGAGUCUGCCCCCGUCCCCGACUGGCUUCGUCAAGAAGUCGGCCCUAACAAGUCCUUCGAAGACAUCCGCGGCAUUGUCAGCCGUCUGUUGGAGUACCUGACUGUUCUGCGGGAGCAGGGGAGGAAGGAGGAGAUACGGUUCCCGGAUAUUGAGAUUCUGCCGGAGCUUGAAGGGUGGGUGUUUAAGAUGGAUAGGGAGAUGGUGAAGAAGGCUAGGGCUGCUGCUGGUGGUGGACGGAAGGGCGGACAGGUGAAAAAGGGUGGGAAGAGAGUUAGUGAACGGGGUGCUGUGCAGAAGGUUUAG